AUCUUGACUCAGUCUAGCACUUAGUGCGUAGUGCUACUGUGCUAUACUGUUUUUGAGGAAAUCUAUGACGUCAUAGUGGGAGCCCGAAAGUUCGCGGGAAAAUGACUAAAUGUAUUCGAAGUAGACUUGAUCUAGCCGGCCUUGAUCUGAAGCGCGUUUACAUUUCGGCGUGGUGUGGGAGUGUAUAUUUCGCUGUGUUGCUAGUAGAUUAGAUGUCGGAGAUGUCCGUGAACGGCUCUGGUGAGGCGGCAGCGGCAGCGGCAGCCGCGGCGGCAGCAGCAGCGGCGGCGGCGGUAGUGCCUGCUGCGACUGAAGGCAUGAAGCGAAACCUGGAGUCGGACGGCAGCACCAUGAGCACAACCAAGCGGUACCGUCCGCAGGACAUGUCGCUGCGUCUCCUCAUCAGCAGCCGGGCUGCCGGAUCUGUGAUCGGGAAGGGCGGCUCCAACAUUAACCGGCUGCGUGAGCAGCACAGUGCCACAGUUUCAGUCCCCGACACACUGGGCCCGGAACGUGUGGUCAACAUUGGCGCCGACCGCGAGACCACGCUCAAAAUCGUGGAGGAGCUGCUGCCCAACCUGGAUGACGUGCCGGGCCGCGACCCAGACGCGACCGACGGCGAGGUCCGCAUCCUGGUGCACACCAGCCAGGCGGGAAGCAUCAUCGGCCGCUCCGGCUUCAAGAUCAAGGAGCUGCGCGAGGGCACCAACACGCAGAUCAAGGUGUACACGGAGCCGUGUCCGCAGUCGUCGGACCGCGUCACGCAGAUCUCUGGCCAGCGCACCAACGUGCUCGACUGUCUGAGCCGCAUCCUCACCCUACUGGAGGAGAACCCGCCCAAGGGCCUGGUGAACCCGUACGACCCGGUCAACUACGACGAGGUGUACGCGGCCGAGUACGGGGGGUUCUCGGACGGCCGCGGCCGGACGGCGGCCCAGCAGGCGGCGCUGGGCCGCGGCGCCGCGCUGGCCGCCAGCCGCGCCGCCGCCAUGUCGGCCAUGGCCGCGUCUCGCGGGUACGCCGCCGGCACCGGCAUGACCGGCAUGGGCUACGGCGUGGCCGGCCAGAUGAGCCAGAUCCCGCCGGGCGGCAUGGACUUCAGCUCGCCGGCGGCGGCGGCGGCCGGCGGCCUGGGCGCCGCCGCCGAGCUGCAGACGCAGCAGUUCUCCGUGCCCAAGGGCGCCGCCGGAGCCAUCAUCGGUAAGGGCGGCGCGCGCAUCCGCAAGAUCCGCGCCGACAGCCAGGCGCAGAUCAACAUCGACGACGUGAAGGAGGGCCAGGUGGAGCGCAUCGUCACCAUCACCGGCACGGCCGACCAGGUGCAGAUGGCCCACUUCCUGCUGCAGAAAUGUGUGCGCGAGAACAGCGACGGCCAAUACUGAGCGGAGCCGCGGCGAGCGGCCCGACACGCCGCCACCCGCACCAGAGACGAGCCAAGCAUUCCUCGUGUGUCUCUGCGUGCGAGUGUGGCACCCUCAUCCCCGGCGGCCAGCCGCUGCCCUCGCGGCCACGCCGCCUCAUUGCAUCGGUCAACAGUGAAGGAGAAUCGAUCCGGCUCGCAUUUUGUAGUAAACCCGGCGCUUGCGAGAAUACAAGUUUCCGAAACAUA